AUGUCUCUCAUGCCGGCUGUAGCGGCGGGGGAGGCGCCCUGGGGCGGGCCGGCCGCGGUGUUUCGGUGGUCAGCUGGGCUGGGGUUGAUGUGGGUGGUGCUGUGGGUGCGGCUGUUUUCAAAGGAUCCGCCUGGAGGAGGGGGGAUGGGAAGAGGGAGCGGUGGUGGCAGUGCUGGUGAUGGGAACCCGCUCUCUCCCCGUUUGCCUGGAAGCUUCUCAGUGAACCACAUGGAUAUUGCACCAAGGUAUGCAGGCCCCGUUAUGGGUAUCUCCAAUACUGCUGGGACAUUGGCGGGCAUCGUAGGGGUGGCAGCAACAGGGUUAAUUCUCCAAGCAUGGGCUACGGAUAUUGAAUUUGGAUGGUGGCUUGCGUUUGUUACGCCGGCUGGACUAUGUGUGCUGAGUGCUGCAAUCUUUUGUGCUUUUGCAACAGGGGAGAGAUUGUUUGAUUAA